CCCAGGGAGACACACAAGUUUUUGUGAAUAAAGGGUCAGCAGGAACUGCCUGAGUGACCCUCACUUUGAUCCAAGCACUGACCUGAAGCUGGAAGCAAGAGGGCAAAGCCCUGCUGGCAGGGUUUGAAGGACUGGACCUAGAGGGCCCCUGUGGAAGAGGGCGACACCAGAAUCAAUCUCUGAACUGAGAUUGCUAGUGGCUGCAGCCUGCUUAAGGAAACGCAAAUCCUCUCCCACCUUUCCAGAAAAUGAUGGAAAACAAAGUGUUUGCAUCGUUUACUUUCUACAGUACGAUCUUGAUUAUAAAAAUGUAUGUUCUUGCCAUCAUUACAGGACAAGUGAGGCUCAGAAAGAAGGCUUUCGUCAAUCCGGAGGAUGCCCUGAGGAAUGGAGGGCUGCAGUAUUAUCGAGAGGACCCAGACGUGGAGCGAUGCCGCAGGGCCCAUCGCAAUGACAUGGAGAACAUUUUCCCCUUCCUCUUCCUUGGGGCCAUCUACUCCCUGCUGGACCCCAAUCUCAUCGUGGCAAGGAUCCACUUCCUGAUCUUCUGUGUGGGGCGGAUAGUUCACACCGUGGCAUACCUCCUGCAGCUGAAAGCUCCCACACGCUCGGUGGCCUACAGUGUGGCACAGCUGCCUUGCUUCUCCAUGGCGCUGCAGAUUCUCUUCACGGUCAUAACACACUGGUGAUGUGAAAGAUAACCCACCAGUGCUGCAAUGUGGGUUAGAAAGACAUGCCUUUGCUGCUUUCCCAAGAAAAGGACUCACUCUGCUGUGGUUUUAGUGCAGGCAUCUCCCAGCUGGCCAGAGCUCAGGGCUCUGGGAAGUCCCCUCAGGGUGUGUGCAAUGCCCUAUUUCCAGGAGCAGGCUGCAGAGGUGGAAGGAUUUGCUUCUCACAGCGGAGUGCUGGUGCAUUAAGCGCUCAGUAUUGCCACAGCAUUAGUAGCACAGCAAUAGCACUGUGGUGUCUUCCAGUCUUCUCGCUGGUGACCUGCAGGGAGGGUUCUUGCGGGAGGGAGGGAAUGAUGCCAAGUUAAGAACACAACUAAACCAGGAAGUGGUGAAGACUCUCUAAGUAGCCUGGCCCCAUCACUCUGGGGAGAGGAAAGGGGGAGACACUUGGUACUCCUAAUUCACUUUGGUGGGAGUGUGUACUGUCAAGAGAUAUGAUGUCCUAUCUCCUCACUUCAGCAAGAAUACCUGGUGAUGAGAAAGCUAAAGUAGGAACGAACUGAGUCUUUGUAGAAAACAAACCUCUGCCCCCAAAACCUCAUUUUUACUCUUUGAUUAGAGAGGCCCGACUCUCCUUGUGUUUGUUCGUUUGUUCAUUUGUUGUUUUUUAACCUCCUAAACAGGAAGGAAACAAGUUGGUGGUGCCACAUCUGAUACAUCUGGGCAAAUCUCUGCUAGGAAGCAUAACCCAAAGGGUUAAAUCUCUCAGAGGGUGGCAAUAAAAACACAGAAGGAAACAGAACUAGUGCAGGUCCUCCUUCCAAAUCCAAAUUACAUCAUCAUUCCAAAGCAGCAGCUCUCCUCUGGGCCCCUGAUAUCAAGAUUUCACUUGACUGUAAACUUCAGAGCAGACAGCUCCAUUUGCUUUUGGAGUGAGAAGGGGGAGUUAGCUUCAGGCACAUCAGGCCAUCUCGAGACUCCAUCCUGGAAAGAGCAUUGAGUUCAAAAGAAGGUCGGGGUAUUCAGCACUUGGAAGAUCUUUGCCUUUUCUAUUUCCUAUAGGUACCUAGAUGUUCUGUCAUUUCUACAUAGCUUCAUAUGAGAUGUAGGGCUGAAUGAAAGACCGCAAACCUAUGUAUGUUACGCUGUUCCCCUCUUGUGCUUCCUUGGCGUUACUAUGUAUUCCUCUACUCUACCAUUCCUUAUGCCUCUGUGUAUACAUCUGUGAACCAGGCAGAAUACCAUCUCAUGCCUCUGUUCGGAGGCAAAGUCCUUUGAUGUGCUUGGAUAAAAAGGGCUAUUAAAGCAUGUAACACGCAGAGGUGAUGCAUGCACUGCAGAAUCAGCACUUUCCUGGGUGACCUCUUGGCCCCUCCUAACUUUUCCCCGGUACAAGGUUGCCUUCUUAAAGGAGCUCUCUUCCCACCAUGCUUGCUGGAGCUGGCCCUUUAAAUUUGGCAGAGCCAAGGAGCUGUAGCCCUAAAGCAGCCGUGUUUGAUGAGUGGCUGCAUCUCCUGCCUUCCUUCCUAGCUGGUGAGUCCUCUCCUGUUCAGUUUUCUCUUGCUCCUGAGGAUGGGUUGUCCUCGCCAAAUGCAUGAUGAUGUUACCCUAGGAAAUAAUAUUAGAUGGCCAAGAAGGGCAAAUUGGAGCAGGAGCUGGAACUCUGCUGCAUGUGCCAUUAUGUCCCCUGCUGAGCUGGAGAUGGUGUGUUGGCAGCCUGGAAGGCCAGAGAAGUUCAGGUAAGGGAUGAUUGCUCCUACUUGCUGCAUGGGGGGGUUGGGGUUGGGGUGGCAACAGGCCUCCCUGGUUCAGUCUGAAUUUUGUGGUUAGGAGUUACCUCCUUGUAAGUGAAGAUGAGCUGAAGUAUUUAUUCCACCCCCACUUUUUUUUAGAAAGAGGGGGAAGUGGUGAGGUUCUAAACCAUCCUGGGUUUUGCCCUAUCUCUGGACCCAUUUAUCUGACUCCUGUUCUCUUCAACCCUGCCUCUGCCUUUAAAGUGUGUGCGUGUGCGUGCAUGCGUGAGGGGAAGAGCUGGAUAAAAUGGGACCUUGACCUGACCCAUUGUUGCUUUUGGGGAGAGGGGGGAGUAGGUGCUAGGAUCUAUUUUGGAGAGGGAGGGGUAGGUGGAGCACAGAAAAAUCCAGUUUGCAGAGCUGCUAGCUCUCAACUUUCACUGAGAGUCUUGUGAUGUUUGUCCCUGAUAAAGUCCUCUUUCCUGGAAUCAUGAUCACAUGACUCCAGGAAUCUUGGCUUUCUUUAAAAAACAAACAGUUCAUUUCCUGGCAUGAGGGUUACAGAGAGAAACUUGGAAAAGUGAACUGUAAAAACUUGGCCCCAGGGCUGUGGGGGGGGGCGGAGGCACAAGGCAAAUAAAUUUAAAAAAAAACCAACAAGUUUGUAUUUAUGAUUUUUAAAAUAUUGUGGGCUUGGGGGGUGCUGACUCUCGCUUCUUUUUUUUUAAAGACUUGGGGUUGGCAGUGCUGAGUUUGGGUUUAUCUGGACCUGUCCCAAGACAGUACCUAUUUGACUGAAGCACUCCACCAACAGGCAGAGCUCUUGUUUUCCUCCUGGCUGGCCUCGCUUGUGGCCAAUCAUGGCACUGCCCAUGUCCUCUACCCCAGCUAGAUGCAAACAGCAACCUAAGGACCCCCCGGAUUGGCCCAUUGCCAAGGGAACGUGUAUAUUUGUACUCUCCCUUCCAUGGCUUAGGCAUGACUCUUCCACAGCAGGUUUUAAUAAGGGGGUUAGGGCUGGGCUGGGCUGGGGCAGGGAAAAUGGACUGAGGUGUGGUCCCUUCACAAGGCCAUACCUAAAAUACACCCCUUGGCCUAAAGCCAAACUACCUUUAGGAAUGAACUGUGGAAAGUGGGGUUAUAGUUAAAAACAUAGGUGUGCACCAUGCCCCUGUGCAGGGAAUAAGUAUAAACUCCUGCCACUUCACACCUGGAUCGACCAGGGGAAGUUGGGGCGUAAGUUGCUAGAAGGCCGGACUGAUGAGCAUCCAAGGUAUAGGAAACACAGGGUGGGAGCUGUAACGAUUUAACAGCUGUAAAGGAGAGAGAAAGAUCUAGGUCCCUCUUCAUGCGCUGAAGGGAGAGUCAUAUAGGUGGGGCAAGAUGAAGGUGUAGGACUCUCAUGGGUAGCUUUGCUGCUUCCUCCACUAGAGCAGACUCCUUAAACAAACCCCAGGGAAGGAAGGGGCGGGGGGGUAACGAAAGACACGGGGAAAGGUUCAUAAGGAAUUAAAUUCUAUUAUGAGCUAAAGCAAAGAAAAUUGUUCCCCCCACUCCCUGACCCCUUCAAGGUCAAGUACUCUUUGUCACACGCACACGCACAGACAAAUUCCCUAGGCAUAGCAUUAUUAUUACUGAUAGACGGUUCUUACUCUGUCAGUAAAUGUAAGGAGAUGGUGGAAAUUUGACCUCAAAUAAGGAGUGACCACACAGAAACAUCUGCCUGUUUGCUUUAGAUUCUAGGUCUGAGAUCAUUGCGUGUAAAAGAGGAGCUGUGCUGGCAUGGGCAGAACAGGGUUUGUUUCUGCCGAGGCAUUUUUAGUGUAGUGCAGUGAUUGUUCCCUUGCCUAGAUGAAUGUGGAAAUACCAAUGCAGGGGUGGAGCAGCUUAGAGCCCUGCAGCGAGACUGGGCUCCCGUGGGUAUCGCAGAACCUGCUGCCAUAAAAGAAAAAAAACAGAGUGCAGUAAUCUGUGGGACAGCACCAUAGCUUUUUAAAUAAAGGUUUUAAUACUUCUGUUUAAGCAAGGGACAGAAAGAGAUUUGACAUCUAUUAUACCUGGAGUUACAGUAUUUUUCUACAUGAUUUAAGCAAGAUUUGUUUUAUUUCUUUAGUGGUAAAAAUUGGGUCUGAAUUCCAUUUAUAUCCAUAAUAUAUCAUUAUAUCCAUAUAUUAACGGACUAUUUUGGGGGUUUUUUUAGUAGCAUGGGGGAAUCUUUCUCUCUUGUGGGAUUUGCUGGGUCUCAGGUUUUUGUGGUCGGGAAUGGGAUAAAAAUGCAAGAAACAAUGCCUGAGUGGGUAUUGUGGGGAGGGAUGAGAGUCAGGUUAAAAAAACAGUCCCUUGCAGGGCUCUAGAAUAGGUACCAGGUGUGGAAGAAAAUCCAACCCAGCAAUGUAACCAAAAUAUAGCCACUGAUGCACGAAACUGUAACCUGGUGGUAGGGAGACUGUUCCAGGAGGAAUCAAUGGGAAUUCAGUGUCUUCUCUCUCUUCUCACAAAGACCCUGCCAUAUCUAUGUCAACUCUCAUCCCUUAGUGACGGCUUACUCUGUGUGAUGGUACAGCACCCCCCUGUGGGGUCAGCCAGACACGCACACACACCCACACACAAUGUCCAAAUCAUAGUAAUUUAUGUCUGUAGGGGUUUUUCGCAGACUGAAUAAUAAAAAUAACAUACAGUUGGCUCUAUUUCUUCAUCGGAACUAAACAGAAUAGAAACACAAAUAAGGUGCUUUGUAUGUUCUUGUCUUUUCAUUGUUGCGUUUUCUUUUUAGACUUGCUAGCUCAUAAGUCUGGUUCUGUGAAAAGUGAUAUUUGUAUGUUUGUUAAUAUCACUUUUCACAGCAGAAGAUUUGUUAGCUACCUAGGAGGCAGUGAAAAGUGAUAUUAACAAACAUAAAAAUAUCACUUUUCACAACAGACUUUCCCAGCCCUGGCAAGCUGGGAGACAAGUUAAGCCUUGGAUGGGGAGGUAAGUAGGGAGGCAGUGGGGGCCCAGGGUCAUGGGCUGGAUGGGUGAGGGGCCGGAGGAGACAGCGGGAGCCAGGGGUGAUAAGAGAGGUGGUGAGCCCUGUGGCUGGGGUACGGAGCCUGCUACUGCACAGCCAAAGCCCAGAGCCUGAAGCCCCAUGGUCGGAGUCUGCUGCCGUGUGGCUGGAGCCUGCCAUCCACCACCCCAGGGUUGAAGCCGGAAACCUGAGCCCCACUGCCCUCAGGAAGAUGGGGAACUCAUACCAGCUGGCUCCAGAGUGGGGAAGGGCCCAGCCCCUGCUGGCGGCCCUGGGGGGAGCGACCACUGCUUUGCCGCCCCCCCCCCCCGAUCACCACUCAGGAGGCUGUGGCUGCAAGAAAAGCCCCUGAUGGCUGCAUGAGGCCACAGUGGCCACAUCUGAGAAAUACUGAGCUAGACUAUCAGCCCUGCUGUUCCAUGCUGAUUGGAAACUGAGAUGUGUUGAUUCCCUCUGAGAAAAUUUUGAUGAAAACAAAACUUUCGUUUCAGCCAAAUUUUCAAUGGAAGAUUUCUGCUUGUCAUCAGGUCAAACUGAAAAUCCCCCUCUGUGAUGUUAUCUAUAUGAAAUAUGACCAUAUAGAUCAUUGUUGCAACCAGUAUUGUACAAAGGUUGUCGAGUAAGGUGUCUAUAAAAAGGUUAUGAUUUGUGGGUUAUGAUUGUGCUAUCUGUAUGCAUGUAUCAUUUUUGUAUUUAAAGUUAUAAGUGUUGGCUCUAUACCUGGAUUUCAAAUGUUGGCUCCUGGGGUAACGCCUAUGAAAUAAUCAGCCAGAUAUGCCAUGUAAGAUAUCUGCAAAAAUGUUAUAAUUUCCCAGAUAUGAUGAUCUUGUUUAUAUCACCUUUGUAUUAUGAGUUAUAGAUAUGUAUGUAUCUCUGUAUUUCAAACUUGAGCCAUGCUUCUGGGUGACACCACCCCCAGAGAGUUUGGCAUAAGCACUGCCUAACCUGCUUGAUGGCCCAUUAAGGACCCUCAGCUAUACAACUGACCCAUUGAGAGAAGGCAGAUACACCUUAUGACUCAGCAAGGCAGGCAGGGACAUGCCUAUGGAGAGAACUCUAAGGCUUCCAAGCCAUGUGCUGGGCAGCUUGUGUUUGAAACAAAGGAAGCACAGGCCACAUGGCAAGAGACUAUAAAAGGCAGCUGCAUCUUCUCCAUUUUGUCUUCAAUCCUGCUUCUUACCUCUGGAGUAACUUUGCUACAAACUGAAGCUCUGAACAAUGGACUGAAUGACCCAUCCCAGCUGUGGAUGUACUCCAGAGACUUGACUUAAGCCAGCAGAUUAUUCCAUCACUGUUACAAGCCUGAACCAGGAACUUUGCCAUAACUGUAUGCAAUUGAUUCCUUUAACCAAUUUUAACUCUCACCUUUCUUUCUUUUUUAUAAAUAAACCUUUCGAUUUUAGUGAAUAAGAA